GGCCUUGAACCAGCUGACGUGUUAUAAGAGGCGCUCCGAUGGUCCCGGAGUGGCGGAGGAAUAGUCGGCAUGGAGGUUCUUUAUCAUCAGACCAACAAGCAGAUCCACGAAGUUCAGUCAUACAUGGGCCGCCUGGAAACCUCAGACAAGGAGUCUGUUCACUUGGUGGAAAAUGAAAUCCAAGCACGAAUAGACAGAAUUUUUAGCAAUCUAGACCGGUUGGAAAUCUUCUGCAACAAGGAACAUCCAAACAAGCGACAAAAUGCCAAACUCCGGGUUGACCAGUUGAAAUACGACAUUCAGCACCUGCAGACAGGAUUGCGAAAUUUCCAGCAUCGUCGCUAUGCGCGGGAGCAGCAAGAAAGACAACGUGAGGAGCUUCUGACUCGAACAUUUACCACUAAUGAUUCUGACACCACCAUUCCAAUUGAUGAAACAUUACAAUUUAAUGAAUCCCUUCAAAAUGCACACCGUGGCAUGGAUGAUCUUAUUGGCAGCGGAACCAGCAUCCUACAGGGCCUGAGGGAUCAGAGAGUGACAUUAAAGGGCACCCACAAGAAAAUAAUGGAUGUUGCCAACAUGCUCGGUUUAUCUAAUACAGUCAUGCGUCUCAUUGAGAAACGUGCCUUCCAGGAUAAGUACUUCAUGAUUGGAGGCAUGCUUGUGACAUGCAUAAUCAUGUUCCUCGUAGUGCAGUAUCUUACUUGAAAGGCUGAAGAACACACUACCAGACUGAGUUAAGCGUUCCUUUCUACACUGAUUUCCAGCAUAACUGUGAAUCUCCUGGAUUGGCUACAGCUGCCACGUGACUCAUAUGAUGCUCAAGUUGAGUGGCUCAUAUAGAUUCUCCCGUUGGUGUGCAGGAAUGCUUAUCCACACAGCACUCAUAAUUUUUCAGUCAUAUAGUGGGCAUGUUGCCCAUGUGACUCUCAAGCUUAGUUGAUGAGGGCAGGAGCUGUCUCCUUUAGUUCUCUUAGUAAUCCUGGUAUAAGUUAUAAAACCUCUCAACAAAGUGACCAAUAAAGUAUUACUAUUGGAUCUAUAGAUUUCAUAGUUCCUCAAGAUCAAGAUGUAUACGUCUGCAAACACUGUAAUUACUAGUGAAAAUGAAGCAACCUGGCUUGAAGGACUUAUUGGCUUAACUUAUUGCAGGUGUGGGACAUAGGGAGACUGUCUUGUUCCCAGGAUUGAUUAAAAUAAAUAGAAAUACUUUAGUCCAUGUGCAAUGGAGAUGGUUUUUGAUAAUUAUAGAUUCUGCAUCUAUCAUUUAUCUAGAGUAAACAUUGUGUAAACUAGCUGAACUACAGUGUAGUAACUCACUUUAAAGUAAAUAAUGGAUGUGUUAGGGACCAUGAUAAUUCAGAUACAUGUGCUAAUGCACCCUGUAGCAGAAUCCUGCUUUUAGUGUUAGGAAAGAAGUGUGGGACAUGCUGCUUACCAUACAGGUGAAUAACAAACUUCCUUACAAAAUGCAUUUAUAUGUGUAUUUUUAAAAAUUUGUACGUAGAAUCACUGGUUCACAGUGUAGCCAUUGUGUUUGUCACAGCAGUCUCAUCUUUUAAUCCCCUAGCUUUUGUGUAUUCAGUUUCUUCUACUUUUCAUGAAUGGAAAAUUUAUUAUUUCUGCAAUUUUAUGCUGCACAGUUCCAAAAAAACAUUUAUACAGUGAGAUCUAACAAGAUGAAUUUAGCCACUUUUGAGUCUAAAGUAUACAAUCCUUAAUGGAUUUUGGGAGGGGGCGGGGAGAUUUGAAAUCUUGUGCAGAUCUCCUAAAGAACAGAGUUAAGUUGAAAGCUUCCAGGUAAAUGCAUAUAAACCUAUCAUUUGAUAUCUCAGACCUAUUGUCCUUUGUUCCAACUGGACCAGUAUUAUUGUUUUGUUUGAAAAAGCUGAUUGUGAAUAGAUGAAUAGCAUAAAUGUUAUUCCAUAUUAUAACAAAUUAUGUGUGCUGUUCUGUACUGUAAAUCUCCAAGAUUUCAAGAAAUCCUUACAGCUGAUA